AUCGCUACGUACAGAAAAGGAAAGAAAAGAAAUGUGGAAGCUUAAGCUUUCUGAGGGGAACGAACCCUGGCUUGCAAGCGUGAACAAUCAUAUCGGCAGACAGUAUUGGGAGUUUGAUCCUAAUCUUGGUACGCCUGCAGAGCGGGCUCAAGUCAAAAAGUUUCGGAAUCAGUUCACCAACAAUCGGUUUCAAACAAAGCAAAGCUCUGAUCUGCUAAUGAGAUUUCAGUUUGCAAGGGAGAAUUCAUCAGCUGAGCUUCCUGCUAAGCUCAACGUUACAAAAAGCGAACAUACUCCAAGCGUAGAGACGGUGAGGACAACAUUAAGAAGGGCUCUCAGAUUCUAUUCAAGUUUGCAAGCCCAGGAUGGGUUCUGGCCUGGUGACUAUGGUGGCCCCUUAUUUCUUCUUCCAGGAUUGGUGAUUGGGUUGUUUGUAACCGGAGCUCUAGAGAUCAUUUUGCCCUCGGAGCAUCGACGGGAGAUAUGCCGCUAUCUAUACAAUCAUCAGAAUAAAGAUGGAGGUUGGGGAUUGCACAUAGAAGGGGAGAGCACAAUGUUUGGCACCGCGCUCUCGUACGUCGCUCUAAGAUUGCUGGGAGAAAGAAAGGAUGGUGGAGAUGGUGCCAUUAAGAAAGCAAGAAAAUGGAUUCUUAAACAUGGUGGACUCACCUUCAUUCCGUCAUGGGGCAAGAUGUGGCUUUCAGUGCUGGGAAUAUAUGAGUGGAGUGGCAACAAUGCAUUACUCCCUGAAUUCUGGCUUCUUCCUUACUUUCUUCCCAUUCAUCCAGGACGGAUGUGGUGUCACAGUCGUAUGGUGUAUCUGCCAAUGUCAUAUUUAUAUGGGAAGAAGUUUGUGGGGCCAAUCAAUUCCCUGGUUUUGUCACUGCGAAGAGAACUCUAUACCCUUCCUUAUCACCUCAUUGACUGGAACCAAGCCAGAAAUCAAUGUGCCAAGGAAGACUUAUAUUAUCCACGUCCCAUGAUACAAAAAAUAUUAUGGGAUUGUCUUCAAAAGGUAGGAGAGCCUGCUCUAAUUAAAUGGCCAUUCUCUAAGCUAAGAAAAAAGGCUCUCGACAUUGUGAUGCAACAUAUCCACUAUGAGGAUGAAAAUACUCGUUAUAUUUGCCUUGGCCCUGUGAAUAAGGUACUAAACAUGGUAUGUUGUUGGGUAGAAGACCCAAACUCAGAGGGAUACAAGUGUCACCUUUCCAGAAUUAAAGAUUACCUUUGGAUUGCCGAAGAUGGCAUGAAAAUGCAGGGAUACAAUGGAUCUCAAUUAUGGGAUGUUGCUUUCUCUGUUCAAUCAAUCUUGGCAACCGACCUUGUCGAGGAAUAUGGUUCAAUGCUUAAGAAAGCUCACAACUUCAUAAAAAAUACACAAGUCAAAGAAAACAGUGGCGGCGACCUUAAUUUCUGGUAUCGCCACAUUUCAAAGGGAGGAUGGCCUUUCUCAACUCCAGAUAAUGGUUGGAUUGUCUCAGAUUGCACAUCAGAAGGAUUGAAGGCAGCACUUUUGUUAUCAACAAUGCCAUCUGACAUCGUUGAUGUAAAGGUUACAACACCAGAUCGAUUAUAUGAGGCUGUUAAUGUGAUUUUAUCUUUACAGAAUAACAGUGGUGGUUUUGCAUCAUAUGAGCUCACGAGAUCUUAUGCAUGGUUGGAAAUGUUCAAUCCAGCUGAAAUGUUUCGAGAUAUAAUCAUUGACUAUCAGUAUGUGGAAUGCACUUCGGCAGCAAUUCAAGGCCUUAAAUUAUUUCUCAAGCUGUAUCCAAGUUACAAAAAGAAAGAAAUAGAAGCUUGCAUUGGCAAAGCAAUCAACUUCGUUGAGAGUAUACAACUACCUGAUGGAUCAUGGUAUGGGUCAUGGGGAGUUUGCUUUGUCUAUGGAACAUGGUUUGGGAUAAAGGGUUUGGUGGCUGGUGAUAGGACAUAUCACAACUGUUUUAGUAUCAGAAGAGCAUGUGAUUUCUUACUGUCAAAGCAGCUCGAUUCAGGUGGUUGGGGAGAAAGUUACCUUUCCAGCCAAAAACAGGUGCAUACAAAUUUGGACGAAAAUAAGUCGCAUCUGGUGACAACUGCAUGGGCAAUGUUAGCCUUGAUUGACUGUGGACAAGCAGACAUAGAUCCAAUGCCAUUGCACCGUGCAGCCAAGGUGUUGCUCAAUUCACAGUUGGAAAAUGGAGAUUUCCCACAGCAAGAGAUUAUUGGAGUGUUCAAUAAAAAUUGCAUGAUCAGUUACUCAGCCUACAGAAAUAUAUUCCCCAUAUGGGCUUUGGGAGAAUACCUUAACCGUGUACUGCUAGCCCCUAACAAAUCAAAGUAACGAAGAAAUCCUUCUUUUUUUUUAUUUUGUUCAACGAA